AUGAAUAUAAUAAAUAAAGCUACAUUUGGAGGUGGGUGCUUUUGGUGUAUUGAAGCUAUCUACAGAAGAAUUUAAGGAGUAACUGAAGUAUACUCUGGAUAUAGUGGAGGUGUAUAAAAAAAUACUGCUAAUUAUAAAGAUGUAUGUAAAGGGAAUACUGGUCAUGCUGAAGUUGUUCAAGUUAUUUUCGAUUAAAAUAAAGUGGAUUAUAAGGAUUUAAUUUAUAUUUUUUUUGCUUCACAUGAUCCUACAACUUUAAAUAGAUAAGGUGAUGAUGAAGGUGAACAAUAUCGUUCAGUUAUUUUUUAUCAUAGUGAAUAAUAAAAGGCAAUAGUUGAGGAUGUUAUAAAGGAAUUAUAAAAAGAAUAUAAGAACCCUAUUGUGACUUAGAUAGUUUAAUUUUAGGAAUUUUACAAAGCUGAAGAUUAUCAUUAAGGAUAUUAUGAUAGCAACUAAAAUGAAGGUUAUUGUAGAGUAGUAAUAUCUCCUAAGAUUGAAAAGAUCAUCAAGAAAUAUAAGACUUAACUUAAACCAGAAUAUUAAUGA